AUGCUUUACGACCUCAACAUCCCGUGGUCCCCUGCCACGACCCCCGCGGACCUCUCUCGCACGAUGUCCUUCGCCUCCUCGCUGGGCUACACCGUCCUCGCCCUGAACCACACCAUCACGCCGCCGAUCCCUUCGCAAAUAACGAACCCCCUACCAAAGUUCCCGCCCCCCCGGCUGACGGUCCUCCACCGCGCCACCGUCCUCCUCUCAGACCCCUCCCAGAACUACCGCCUCCCCGCCCUCGCCGCCGCCUACGACCUCCUCGCCGUCCGCCCCACCACCGAAAAGGCCUUCCAGGCCGCCUGCCUCUCCAUGGCCGAGCCCUCGCUCAUCUCCCUCGACCUGACGCAGCACUUCCCGUUUCACUUCCGCCCCAAGCCCCUCAUGGCCGCCGUCUCCCGCGGCGUCCGCUUCGAGGUGUGCUAUGCCCAGGUCCUCGGCGCGCCCGACGCCCGCGCCCGCGCCGCCUUCAUCUCCAACCUCGCCUCCCUCGUGCGCGCGACCAAGGGCAGGGGCGUCGUCGUCAGCUCCGAGGCGCGCUCGGCCCUGGGCCUGCGCGCGCCCAACGACGUCGUCAACCUCCUCGCCGUGUGGGGCCUCGCCAGCGAGAAGGGUACCGAGGCGCUCGGGGCGAACCCGCGCGGCGUCGUCGUGAACGAGGGCAUCAAGAGGAGCGGGUUCCGGGGCGUCGUCAACGUGCUCGAGGUCGGCGGACGGGAGGAGGACGCCCAGAAGCAAAAGCAGCAGCAGCAGCAGCAGCAGGGGAAGAAGGACGGUGGCAAGGGGAAGGGGGACAAGGGCACGAAACAAGGCGGCGGAGGCGGCGAGGACAGGGGGAACGGUCAGAAGCGCAAGACGCCCGACGAGGCGGGCGAUGGCGCGCCGCAGACGAUGAGCAAGAGGCAGGCCAAGAAGCUCAGGCUGGCGCUGAAGGAGAAGGAAAAGGAUGCGGCGUAG